AUGGGUGCUCCAAAUGUGAGUAUACAACACCAGCCAGGCCCUCAAAAAGGACGCAUUCCAAAUGUGUUUGGACAAGACGAGAAAUUGAGAAUAGCCACGAAACAGACAGAUCCAUUUAUAAUAAAGACAAGUGAUGGUUAUACAGGCUUCAGUAAAGACUUACUUGAGGCACUUGCCAGGAAAGUCAAAUUCCAGUAUGAACUGUUUGAGGCUGAAGAUCAUGUAGACUCGGCAGGAAAUGUCAUUAAUGGGAUGGUUUAUGCUCUGACUUCAGGGAAUGCAAGUAUGGCAGUUGGUGCUCUGGAAGUGACAGCAGACCGGGAAAAGGUCAUAUCUUUUUCUUACACCAUCAUGUCCUCCCAGGCCAGUAUCCUCAUCAAGAAAGCAGAUUCCACUAUCAACUUCUUUCAGUUCCUAGGACCCUUCUCUGAAGGCCUGUGGUUGAUGAUCCUCGUCUUCAUGCUGGUGGCUGGCGUGUCCCUCUAUGUCAUGAGCAGAUACGACCCCACGCAACAAGGCAAUGUGCAGUAUUUUGAUCUGAAGGAAAGCAUGUGGUACAGUCUCAACAUUGUGCUGCAGGGCUCCACUGACUACUCUCCUCAAACGACCUCAAUGCGAGCCAUCAUAGCCUUCUUCUGGUUCUGUGUGUUGAUUAUCGAAGCUGCCUACACCGCUAACCUUGCUGCCUACCUGACCUUGCAACAGAUGGGAGAUCGGAUCAAGUCCAUCUACGAUCUGGCGGGUCAAACCAAGCAGAAAUAUGGCGUGGAGAAAGACAGUGACAUCAUGCACUUUUUCAUGAAAAAGAAAGAGGAUCCAUAUGAGCGAAUGUGGGCCUUCAUGAAACUGAAAGAUUCAGAAUACAUCCUGUCCAACAGAAGUGAAAUCAUUGAGAAGGUCAAAUCUGGUAAAUUGGCUUUUAUCUCUGAUGGCGUCACUAACGGUUACUAUGCCAACCAGCAUUGCGGUAUUGAGAGUAUAGACCAAAAUUUUCAAAGCAAGGAUUACAGUUUGGGAUUUCCAAGAGGGGCCCCAUACCUGGAUGACAUCAAUAAAGCUCUCCUAGAAUUGAAAGAAGGUGGCGUGCUGGAUGGUCUCAAAGACAGAUGGUGGGCUGUGGGUCGAAACUGUACUGGCGAAGAUGACACUUUGUCGGUCGGGGAGAAAACUACAGCAGAACUGGAGCUAACCAACAUGAUCGGUGUCUUCAUUGUACUUGCUACUUUCAUUGGCAUUGCAAUCGUUUUCGACAUCGGAGAGAGAAUAUACCGAAAGUACAAGGAGAAGAAGAAGAAACAAAACAACGUGGAGCUGAACACACCAUCGGACACCAACACUCUGGAUAAUCAUUUUCUGAAGUAA